UCCUGAUAGAGAGGGAAGACCUGCCGUAUUUUUUAUAGCGCGAAAAAACUGAGCUACUAGACCCUGCGUGAUGGAGAAAACAGUAGAAGGAAAUCAAACGGCCCUCACAGAGUUCAUCUUGCUUGGACUCGGGGAGCUUCCUGGGAUGUACAUCUUUCUGUUUGUGAUCUUUUUAGCUAUUUACACAGUGACUCUGGUUGGCAACAUGCUCAUAUUGGUCACUGUCUCAUGUGACCGGAACCUGCACACCCCCAUGUACUUCUUUUUAGGGAAUUUCUCAUUCCUGGAAAUAUGGUAUACAACAUCCACCAGCCCCAAGAUGCUGAGAACUUUCCUCACAGCACACGAAGCGAUCCCUUUCUGGGGCUGCAUUGCCCAGUUCUAUUUCUUUGGAUCUAUGGCUGUCACUGAAUGUUUCCUCCUGGCAAUGAUGUCUUAUGAUCGAUUCUUAGCCAUCAGCAAUCCACUCCGCUACACAACCAUUAUGAACUUUAAAGUUUGCAUGCAGUUAGCAGCAGGGUGUUGGAUAAGUGGUUUCUUGGCUCCAAUACCAACUAUAGUUCUUACCUUCAGGUUACCAUUUUGCACUGCCAAUAAAAUAGACCAUUUCUUCUGUGACUUAGCACCAGUCAUGAAAGUCUCCUGUGGUGACACCCAUGUGGUCAAGGAAAUCACUUUUAUGCUGGCUUCUGUUGUGACUAUGGUCCCAUUUUUACUGACCAUAGCAUCCUAUGUUAAAAUUCUCUCCACCAUCCUCAAAAUCCCUUCCACCCAGGGCAAGAAAAAGGCCUUCUCCACCUGCUCCUCCCAUCUCAUUGUGGUGACAUUAUUCUAUGGGACCCUAAUCUUUGUUUAUGCAGCUCCCACAGCCAGUCAGUCAGCAACCCUAAAUAAAAUGUUUUCCCUCUUAUACACUGUGGCCACCCCUAUGGUAAACCCAAUUAUAUAUAGUCUGCGGAACAAGGAGGUCAAGGAUUCCCUGAGGAAACUUAUAACUAAAUGGUCUAAUCAUUCCCUUCCAUCACUGGCCAUGCGCAAAGACAAGAUUCAUCAUGGAAAUCCAUAA